AGUCGUUGUCCAACGGGAGCACUAGGGACCGCGGGCAGCACAGCCUGCGCUGGUGGGGGGCUGUCGGGGGGGGGGUGUGAUGAAGCCUUCUUGGCUGCAAUGUCGCAAAGUCACGGGCGCCGGAGGGCUCGGGGGGACCCUGCCGGGGUCCUCUUCCGCCCGAGGAACCGGUGCGGCCCGGAGGGCUUUGGUGGCCCCCGGCGCGCGGGGCCUGGGCUGUCGGGCGCUGUCCUCCAGCGGCGGCGAGUACAAGACCCACUUCACUGCUUCGGUGGCCGACCCGGAGAGGUUCUGGGGCAAAGCCGCUGAGCAGAUCAGCUGGUACAAACCCUGGACCAAAACGCUAGAGAACAGAUACACACCUUCCACCAGUUGGUUUGUGGAAGGAAUGCUUAACAUUUGUUAUAAUGCCAUUGAUCGUCAUAUUGAAAAUGGUAAAGGGGAUAAGAUUGCUAUCAUCUAUGACAGUCCUGUUACAAAUACUAAAGCAACUAUAACUUAUAAAGAAGUCCUGGAGCAGGUCUCUAAGCUGGCUGGUGUUUUGGUUAAGUAUGGAAUCCAAAAAGGUGACACUGUUGUCAUCUACAUGCCCAUGAUCCCACAAGCAAUGUAUACCAUGCUGGCAUGCGCAAGGAUAGGAGCCAUCCACAGUCUCAUAUUUGGGGGAUUUGCAUCCAAAGAAUUAAGCAGUCGCAUUGAUCAUGCAAAGCCCAAGGUGGUUGUUACAGCAUCAUUUGGCAUUGAACCUGGAAGGAAGGUAGAGUACAUACCUCUUCUAGAAGAAGCGCUGAGAAUAGGUCAACACACACCAGACAAAGUUCUCAUUUAUAAUCGUCCGAAUAUGGAGACAGUUCCUUUGGUAUCAGGGCGUGAUCUUGACUGGGAGGAAGAAAUGGCGAAAGCCCAAUCACAUGACUGUGUUCCUGUCCUUUCAGAACAUCCACUGUAUAUACUUUACACAUCUGGAACAACUGGGUUACCUAAGGGUGUGGUGAGGCCCACUGGGGGCUACGCAGUAAUGCUGAAUUGGACAAUGUCUUCAAUAUAUGGCCUUAAACCUGGAGAGGUGUGGUGGGCAGCUUCUGACUUAGGCUGGGUUGUUGGACAUUCUUAUAUCUGUUAUGGACCUCUCCUACAUGGGAACACAACAGUUUUAUAUGAGGGGAAGCCUGUGGGAACACCAGAUGCUGGCGCUUAUUUCCGUGUGCUUGCUGAGCAUGGAGUGGCUGCCUUGUUUACAGCACCGACUGCAAUUAGAGCAAUCCGUCAACAGGACCCUGGGGCAGCCUUGGGGAAGCAGUACUCUCUGACAAGAUUCAAAACAUUAUUUGUGGCUGGAGAACGAUGUGAUGUGGAGACUCUGGAAUGGUCCAAAAAGGUCUUCAGAGUGCCUGUCCUAGACCAUUGGUGGCAAACUGAAACUGGAUCUCCAAUUACAGCAUCAUGCAUUGGAUUAGGUAACUCUAAAACACCUCCUCCAGGACAAGCAGGAAAAUGUGUUCCAGGAUACAAUGUUAUGAUUUUGGAUGACAACAUGCAAAAACUGAAGGCUCGAUGUUUAGGAAAUAUUGUGGUAAAGUUGCCAUUACCACCCGGGGCUUUUUCAGGACUCUGGAAGAAUCAGGAAGCAUUCAAGCAUUUAUACUUUGAAAAAUUUCCUGGCUACUAUGACACCAUGGAUGCUGGCUACAUGGAUGAGGAAGGCUAUGUGUAUGUUAUGUCUCGAGUUGAUGAUGUCAUAAAUGUUGCAGGUCACAGGAUUUCUGCGGGUGCCAUUGAAGAGUCUGUUCUUUCCCAUGGUACUGUGGCAGACUGUGCUGUGGUUGGCAAGGAAGACCCUCUGAAAGGUCAUGUCCCCUUUGCACUCUGUGUGUUGAAGAAAGACAUAAAUGCAACAGAGGAACAAGUUCUGGAAGAAAUUGUGAAACAUGUUAGACAGAGCAUUGGCCCUGUGGCUGCUUUUCGAAAUGCAGUGUUUGUCAAACAGUUACCUAAAACCAGAUCUGGAAAAAUUCCGAGAUCUACUCUAUCCGCCCUCGUCAAUGGCAAGCCUUAUAAGGUAACUCCUACAAUCGAAGACCCCAGCAUUUUUGGGCACAUAGAAGAAGUGCUAAAGCAGGCAGCAUGACAUUUUUUGUUUUCCAACUUUGAGUUAAUAGUCUAGUUGGUAUUAUUUGAGCUGUUUUCCAGAAAUGAAUAUUUAAAUAGAAAUUACUUGCCAGUUGAAAUGUGAAUUGUAAAGCUUGGUCUAAAGUGGUCUAAGGAAGACGAGUGAAAGGAUCUGUACCUUCUGUUUGAUUUGACACAAUUGAUAUCAUUGUCAGUUGCCUGUAAAAUGGCUCAUCAUAUGCUGUCUAGCACUUUUAGAAAAAUCUAUGUAUUGUAUGAUUUUUUAAAAAUUGUACUCCCCCAGAACACAUGAACUGAAAAUUCCUCUCAUAUAGAUGAUUCCUGAAGUUAAAAAUCCACAGCUUUGAUCUACAUUCAAAUAUUCAAGUCAAGGUCAGAAAAUAAUUUUUUUCUUAUAGAAAUUUUGAGUAUGCCCUAAUAUUCUUCAGAUACUCACAUUGUGUUAAAUGAAAUAAGAUGAACGGGGAAUUUUAGGUAGUCAUCCAGAUGGACAAAUUUUAUCUAGGUAGGAGGACCUGUCUAGCCACAUGAGUCUGGAGGGAAGGCGGGUGGCCAGGGAUAUAGCCCUGCCUUCAGCUCAUCUGUCACUUCGGCAAGAGAAGUCACAGGUCUGGCAGAGAACCUAGAGUCAUUCCAUCCCAUCUUCUCAUCAUGGAGAUGAGGCCUCCUGAGAAGUCUCACUCAUGUCUCAGGUGCUUACUUGACUGUGUACUUUUUAAUGACUCCAAUUUCCUAUAGAAUCAAGGAAAUGAUAUACAAGUGGAGUAGAAUGGCAAGGAAAACUCUUAAAGAAGAAUUCCAAAAGCUUUUUCAUUAAGUUAAAGAUCAAGGGACUUUUCAAGGAGUUACUAUAACAUCAAUGAUCUUUUCAUGUGAGUUUGAGCCAUUUAUCUCAAGUUUCAGGAAAAUAAGGCUUGGUGGAGACUGGAGAGCACCUGUUCCAUCAAGGGAACAGCCUCUACCCAGUCCCAGCAGAAUAUGGCCCAGGAGGGAAAAGGAUCCCCUACUGUAAGAGCCUCCGAUUUUUAAAAGAAAUCAAAAACCCAUUGUUUCAUGUGAAAAUUCUAAUUUUUAAAUAAAUAAUUCAUUUGAAAAUUAUUAUGCCCAAACACAUCUCUCCUUUUAGACUUCUAUAAAAUUGUUAAUCCUUUUAAAAAGAAUUUGAAAAGGAGUCUUUAGUAAGUUUACAGUAAUAUACCAAUCAACUUGAAUAGAUAAAAAUAGAUGAUUAGCUAUUUUGUUUACUUAGGGUUCUACAUGCAUCAGUUAUACAUUUAAUCACAAAACAUGUACCAUGCCCAGUGAAUCUUGGAAGUUUCUCAAAGUAUUUCUCAGUUUUUCAGUCCUUUGUAAACAUUAUUAUUAAGAGCAGAUCUUUCUAACAUAAUAAUCCAGGUGAAUGAAAUAUAUGUGAGAUAUAAUAGAUGAAGGUUUAUUGUUUUUGUUGUAAAGAUUAUUUACAACUUAUAUAAAAACAUUCUGAAAAAUGUUAGCUCCUUUUGGACUGUAUGUUACAAAAUAAAUGGCUUCUUCAAGGAAAUUCCUAUUUGCUUCAACUCCCUUCUUGAUUGUUAGUCCUGAAAAAUAUAUUUGACUUUAAUUACUUUAGUAUCCAGGAUUAAACUAACUAUAUAGACAUUUAAUAACUUGAAGUUGCUGAAUUCUUUGAAAUAUCUUUUCUACUGGAUGCAUUUUAUCAAUU